AUGGGCGAGAGGGAGGUGAUGAGAAUUAUCAAGCACACAAAGAGGCAAGCAGGAGGGUGGCAGACAGUCAGGAGGGAGGAAGACAUCGCACGUUGGGUGUGGUCGGCAGAUGGUAAUAACAAAGAUACCAUCGAAGACUGUUCUCGGGUCAACGACGAGUCAGAGAUGACUAAGCCUGACCCCCAAGAAGGCUUAAAGGCAAGGUCCCUGGUUCGCGCCCGGGAGAUCCACAGUUCAUCCAGCUCGAGUUGCCCGAGUGGCCCCCUGCGUGUGCCGUUAGUGAGACGAGUACUGGGGAAGUGCCCCGCAGUAACCACGGAGCCGCCCACCAGCUGCCCCGCCCCAGGAGAGCCCUCCGGCCCCCUGGGAACACCAUACGCCCCUUUUGGUCCUCCGGCUCCCACCAACUCGCCCCAGGCUCCGUUUGGACCUCCAAAGAUCUUUGCGCCUCAGGCUCCGUUUGGACCUCCGAAGACCUCCGGGCCUCAGGCUCCGCCGACAACCACCUCACGGAGGGACCUCUGUGGACACCCCACCCCCAUCACAGUCUACUAA